GCUGCCAGAGUAUGAAAGAAAAGUAAACGUUUGACAGAGUUCCCGGGAUGCACCAGAUUUGCUGCAAACGGCACGUGACGGUUCCACCCGCCGGUACAGAUGUAAUCUACGGAACCAACCUCCGUUGAAUUAACCGACUACGCUCAGAAGUCAGAUAACCAACCGGAGACGAACCAUCUUCCCUCAUACUGCUGCCAAGCACCAUAACAACACCACCGUCAUCCCCUCCCCUUGGAAACACUACUUUCAAAAUCCGAGCCCUGUACUGUAUAUAUCACCUUCACACAAUUUCCUAUUCCUUUUCCCUCCGUUUACCGUUGAAUUUUGCGCAUAAACCGAAGUCUUCAUCAACGGCACGGCGUCGCGUCUAGUCUCGUCUCGUCUCCACAUGACAAGGAAGUAGUAAAAUGGACGUGGAGAGAUCGUCGCUGUGCAAUUGCGUGGUGAACUUCCUGAUCGAGGAGAAUUACCUGUUGACGGCGUUCGAGCUCCUCCACGAGCUCCUCGACGACGGCCGCGACGCCCAGGCCAUCCGCCUCAAACAGUUGUUCUCCGAUCCUGCGCAGUUCCCUCCCGAUCAGAUCGCUCGCUUCAAUUCCCUCCGAGUCGCGGACCCCCAGAGUCUGCUAGAAGAAAGAGAAGCACUAGCAGAAAAAUUGGCAUUAACUGAGUAUGAGCUUCGUUUGGCCCAAGAAGACACUCGGAAACUAAAAGAUGAAUUGUUGAAGAAAUCCGAGUUGACAAUAGAUGAAUUUACUGGGUCCAAUGCAGAUGUUUCCACAAAUAACGGGCCUGAUUCCCAACAAGGUAAGAGAGAAACUUCGUAUUCUGAUUUGGGCCCUUUGAAGGACAAUGAACGUCGAGAUAUCAACUGUGCUGUGAAGGAAUAUUUGCUGUUAGCUGGACACCGUCUCACUGCCAUGACAUUUUAUGAAGAGGUUACCGGCCAGAAUCUAGAUAAUUGGGACAACUCGAAUGCAUGUGUACCAGAUGCCCUGCGUCACUACUAUUACCAGUACCUCUCAUCCACUGCAGAGGCUGCUGAGGAAAAAAUAGCAAUGCUUCGGGAAAAUGAGUCUCUGCAAAAGGAAAAUGAUAAGCUCAAACAUGAAAAGACCAAUUUGCUGAAAAGCAAAGAUGUGGCUGAUGGCCAAGUCACUGCAUUAACAAGAUCCUUGGAAACUUUACAGAAGGAUCUCAAGGACAAAGAGAUUCUGGUGCAAAGUUUGAAGCAGUCAUUGGAACGCCAAAGAAAGGAGCUCAAUGACUGCAGAGCAGAAAUCACUUCACUGAAAAUGCAUAUUGAAGGUUCCCGAUCUGGACGAAGUUUGCUAGCUGGUGAUAGUGAACACAUGCAAUCAGGGUCCCUAGACAGCUACAAGGAAGAAAUAAAAUUGCUACAGAAGGAAAUAGAAAGCUUAAAGACUAGAAAAUAUAUUACGGAAAAAUCUAAUAAUGAUGACUCAGAGUUAAUAGAGAUAAAAGACAAAGUUGUUGAUGUCCAAGAAGACAAUGCUGGGAUGUCUCCAGUUGAGAUCACGUCUGGAGUUCCAGAAACUGUGGGUGUUCAAGCACUGGAAAAUGAAAACUCUGAUGACACGAGCGAUAAACCUGAGGCUUUAACAGGAGAGACAUUAGUAAUUUUUCCAAAUGGUAUUGAUGGAGCUAUUGGGAGUGCUGAGAAUAUCCAUGAACACGAUGCUGAACCACUAUCAGUAGAUAAUGGGCAACCUCUAAAAUCAGACAGUCUAGGUAUUGAACCAGCUCGUGAAAAGAUUGGUUUUGAAACCAUUCAGAUCCUCUCGGAUGCAUUGCCUAAAAUUGUUCCUUACGUUCUAAUAAACCACCGUGAGGAGCUUCUUCCUCUGAUAAUGUGUGCUAUCGAGCGCCAUCCGGAGAGCAGCACGCGAGAUUCCUUGACCCACACGUUGUUUAACUUAAUUAAACGUCCAGAUGAACAGCAGAGACGAAUUAUUAUGGACGCGUGUGUUACACUUGCUAAGAAUGUGGGAGAAAUGAGAACAGAGACAGAAUUGCUCCCCCAGUGUUGGGAACAGAUUAAUCACAUGUAUGAGGAGCGCAGGCUUCUUGUUGCUCAAUCAUGUGGAGAGCUUGCAGAAUUUGUCCGUCCUGAGAUUCGCGAUUCUCUUAUCUUGUCUAUCGUGCAACAACUCAUAGAGGAUUCUGGAACUGUUGUCCGUGAGGCUGCUGCUCAUAAUCUGGCUUUGCUGCUUCCCCUCUUCCCAAACCUAGACAAAUAUUUCAAGGUUGAGGAGAUGAUGUUUCAGUUGGUUUGCGAUCCCUCUGGUGUGGUUGUAGAUACAACAAUCAAAGAGUUAGUUCCCUCUUUAGUAAAAUGGGGGGAUAAAUUGGAUCAUAUCUUACGAGUUCUGCUCUCUCACAUUAUAAGUUCUGCUCAGCGUUGUCCACCUCUUUCGGGGGUCGAAGGUUCUGUUGAAUCGCAUCUCCGUGUUCUAGGGGAAAGAGAGCGCUGGAAUGUUGAUGUCUUACUACGGUUGCUGGAAGAAUUGCUUCCAUUUGUGCAUCAGAAAGCUAUCGAGACUUGUCCAUUUCCGAGCCAUUCCGAAAAUGCAGGAACAUUAUUUUCUACUUCCUUGCUUGAACAAUAUGCGGGGGAUUACGCAGAAUGGCCUGCAUUUGAAUGGCUGCACACUGACUGCUUGCCCGAUUUGAUUCGACUUGCAUCUCUGUUACCUCAGAAGGAAGAUACUCUCAGAAAUCGAAUCACAAAGUUUUUGUUGGCUGUAUCUGAGAGUUUUGGAGAUGAUUAUCUUACACACAUCAUGCUGCCCGUGUUCUUGGUAGCAGUUGGUGACAAUGCUGAUUUUAAAUUUUUGCCUUCUACCAUCCAGUCAAGAAUAAGAGGAUUGAGACCAAAAACUGCUGUAGCUGAGAGACUUGCUGCUAUGUGUGUCCUACCACUUCUCUUGGCAGGGGUGUUAGGAUCUCCUAGUAAGCAAAAACAAUUAACAGACUACUUGAGUAAUCUGUUAUUUCAAAGUGCAGUGCAGGAGGGUCAGCCAUCAAAGCACCAUACUGAGAUUGUUAACCCUGUUCGCUUCCUCUGUACAUUUGAAGAACAUCAUAACAUGAUUUUCAACAUCUUAUGGGAAAUGGUUGUAAGCUCCGACGUAAAUAUGAAAAUCAGUGCUGCCAAUCUGUUUAAAGUUAGUGUACCAUAUAUUGAUGCCAAAGUGGCUUCAACUCAUGUUGUGCCUGCUCUUAUUACUCUUGGAUCUGACCAAAACUUGAACGUGAAGUAUGGGAGCAUCGACGCAUUUGGAGCUGUGGCACAGCAUUUUAAAAAUGACAUGAUUGUUGACAAAAUACGUGUUCAAAUGGAUGCUUUUCUUGAAGAUGGAUCACAUGAAGCUACAAUUGCUGUGGUCCGUGCAUUGGUGGUGGCUGUGCCUCAUACGACAGAUAGACUUAGAGAUUAUCUUUUGACAAAGAUUUUCCAACUUACAAGCACACCCUUUCCUACAAGUGAUGUGAGGCGUCGUCGUGAGAGAGCUAAUGCGUUUUGUGAAUCAAUCCGUGCUCUAGAUGCUACAGAUCUACCCGCUAAUAGUGUGAGAGAUUUACUGCUCCCAACAAUACAGAAUCUGUUGAAAGACCCCGAUGCGCUCGAUCCAGCACAUAAAGAAGCGCUGGAAAUCGUAAUGAAGGAAAGAGGAGGUGGAACUUUUGAGGCUAUUAGUAAGGUGAUGGGUGCUCAUCUUGGGCUUGCAUCAUCCGUAAGCAGUUUCUUUGGUGAAGGUGGCCUAUUAGGGAAGAAGGAAACCGGAGACCCCUCACCACCGCCACCUGAGCCGCAAGUCGAGUCUCCUAAACCUGUUCCACCACAGCAAUCUCCAGUUGAGGACACGAGGUUUAGGCGGAUCAUGCGGGGUGGUUUCAGUGACAUGCUCAGAGGCAAAACAAAGAGCAGCGAGGAAAAUCCCCCGAGCCAAUAAAAAUUAAACCCGAAAGUUUUUUUUUUUUCCUUCUGGAAAUUAUUUUGGGUGGCGGAAGCUGGAAUCUUGUUUGUUUUUUUGGUACACUGGAAAGGAAAUAAACAAACUAGAAACGCUCAAAAGCCACACCCUGCAUGUCCGCCUCAAGCGGCGGAAUGAUAUCAUCUGGCGGAAUGGCAUGCAACACCAUCUUGUCGUCUUGAUUGACACCUAUAUUGGCAAGUCUAUUUGCUACUUCACUCGCGAAUCUUGUUUUGUUUUUUAAUUCUUCCACAUGAUGUUUAGAACAUUCUUUGCCCCAUAUCCGGAAAGGUUGAAAGUUUUUGAAUCCGAUGGAUAUAGAGUAAUAAAACAUUUUUUGUCUUCCACUUGUGACUGUUUCUCUCAUGUUACUGUUUUCGUCAUGUAUCGACUUAAUCAGAUUAAUUUGGAAGCUUUGUUCCGUUUUGGCCUCCUAGAGGGCUAGAACUA